AUGUACACAGUGGCUUCUAGUUCUAUUUCUGUUUUGCGCAUUGCAGUUCAGGUAACAGAGCAAGAGCUAUUUAUUGCUUCAGAAAUUUCUCUUCUAAAUACGGUUGUUCCACUCAACACAUGGAUCCUCAUCUCCAAUUUCAAAAUUGCUUACAAUCUCCUUCGCCGGCCGGAUGGCACUUUCAACCGCCACCUCGCCGAGUUUCACCGUAAAGUCCCUGCAAACACCACCCCUGUUGACGGAGUCUUCUCUUUCGACGUCGUAAUCGACAAAGCCACCAGUCUCGUCACCCGGGUUUACCGACCAGCACCAACCGAUGCAGCUCAGCCGGGCAUUAUGGAAUUCGAAAAGCCCCUUAGCACUGAUGUCGUCCCUGUCAUAAUCUUCUUCCAUGGAGGAAGCUUCGCUCACUCCUCCGCCAACAGUGCCAUCUACGACACUCUUUGCAUGCGACUCGUCGGCAUCUGUGAUGCGGUAGUGGUCUCCGUAAACUACCGCCGUGCACCAGAAAACCGGUACCCUUGUGCUUCUGAUGAUGGAUGGGCAGCUCUCAAGUGGGUAAGCUCCAGGCCAUGGCUACGGAACGGGAAGGACUCUAAGGUUCACGUGUACUUGUGUGGAGAUAGCUCUGGAGGUAACAUGGUUCAUAAUGUCGCAAUGAGGGGUAUUGAUACGGCUACAGGUUCUAGAGAGGGAUCAAACAAGGGUUAA